AUUACCGGAUGAUUAGUACAAUGUCUGUAAAGUCUCUUGUUUAGUCCAAAUAACAAUGAAUUUUAUUGCCAUUGCAGAUAAAUAUCCGUAAUGUUAUGGACAUUUGGUAAUCAAACUAGAGAUUUGCUGAGUGGCCUUGUCGUAAACAUAUAACGAUUCUGUGCGCUUACUAUACACGAAGCAUGUGUUCUUCAAGACAAUAGAAAGUGAGUGACUCGAGGAUACCAAAAUAGAACGAAUUAGUAUUAUGAAAUACAAGCAAUAAGAAAUUGUAAAAAAAAACGUCCGUAAACAAUAAAGUUUUGAUCCGAAUUCAAUCACACGAGGAGCGAACCUUUCCAACAUAUAGCAGCAUGUCGAGGCGAAGUACAAAUGUCAUUUCUGAGAAGAACACAAUCGGAAAUAAAGUCGAGGGUGAUUGUAAUGCUGAAAAUACUGAAGCAAGUAAACCAUCGAUGUCAGUUGUGAAGAUUAAAACAGAACCCAAUUGUGAUAUUGUCGAUCAAACAUGCACAGUUGAAACCACAACCAUAUCCACUGAGUUAGGAUCCUCAAACUCUGUCUACGAGCAACAUAAGUCUAUUGGCACAUCGAGCACCUCUAGUGAUGCAAGAUUGGAUCUUGGAACACAUCUGAAGGAUUCUCUUAGUUCAAUGGUAUCAAAUGAGAAACUGACAUGGUCUAACUUAUUGCAAGGAGGCAGCCUGCCUAAAGUCCACAUUCCUGAAAACACUGUUACUAUUAAAAAAGAGAAUGUGGAUUCAAAUUCGCCCGAUGUGGUGAUCUGUUCCACAGAUGAUGAUACCACCGAGGAGAACCCUUCGGGAAGAAAUGAUGAAAAGGUGCAAGGUGAAAAAAGAAGUGCUACAGUAAAGAAUGGUAGCUAUAAAGAUUUAACCGUGAGUUCAAAUAAGAAUAUUUCCACUUCUGGGGAUGGUAAUGAUGCCAACAAGAAAGUGAUCCCACCUCAAAUUCGCAGAGUGUUGGCAUCAAAAUUUGGUGUCCUGAAACGAUACGAAGAUGGACAACCAGGAGGCAUUGCACCAAAUCUGACCAAAUCUCGAUCUAGAUUUAUUCAAUGCCUGAAACCAAAUGUUGUCAAUAAUUCAGAGGAGGGAAAGAGCCUGAGUUCAAGUGAUGUUGAAGAGACUCACAAAAAACCUGGUGAUGACAAGGAUGAUGAUGUUGAAUCACCACCCAAGUGCAGGUCAGUCUCACCAUUCCAUAAUCUUGCCAACCCCACACUUGCAGGUAAGCUAAGCAACCGACGUCGAUUCAGCUCGUCAGCAUACGAAGGUAGGGGUGUUCCUGCAUUCAUAAAGAAAGAACCACCAUCUGAAGUGGAUUAUAAUUUUGGGCUUCAAAGUGGUAGUUGGCAGAGAAUUUCAUCUUUGAUGCCGCACAGCUCAUAUUCGAGCAAUGUCAAUUCAAGUGCACCUUUGGAUACGGAAAAUAUGAUUGAUCUUAGGAGUAGCGCUCGUAAUUGGAAAAAUCGUCCGACAAAAGCGAAGUUAAAUGAAACAGUAACCAAAGGCAACAACUCGUAUGGUAUGAUAAACCUCAAUACAAGUCCAUACUCAAUGAACUUCGGUACAUCCGGGGACCGCAUUCCAUUUAGCGGUAAACCAAGAUAUGCUCAUAAAUCAAGGGAAAGCAGUUCGAAGCAGAGAAGCUCGUCCAGGUCACCAGUGCACAAUGAGAGAUCAGUGGUUGCUGAGACGCAACAGCCCAUGAUCGAGUUAAGCAGCAACAGCAGGAAGUUCAACAGUUUCGCGCCAGGAAUGACUCGAAGUGAAGAAGGAAGAAAAUCCAUAUCACCUGUUAGACCUGAACGUUGGCAUUAUGACAAAGCGCGGUCUGUUUCUCCUGUCAUGAAUGAUACACGAGGCAACAGAUCGCCCUACAAACCUCGUACAAACGAUGAAUCAGACCGACAAACUGGAGCUUUACGCGAAGCGGCAACAAGAAUUAAUAAAGAAGCUACCGUUCGGUAUCAUAAUAGAUUAUCACCAAAGGGUAAUCACGUGACAAAAUCCCCACCAAUGAUAGAACUGAGGAGUACGACACGAUCAUUGGAUCAAUCGGUGACCAAUAAGAGCACAUCCGAUAAUCGAAUGAUUGAUCUUAACCAUACAAGUCGCAUUCACGAGCGUCGUGGAGCUCCAGUUAUGAAACCCAUAAACGCCAUGAUUGACCUGAAUAGUACUGACAACCCUGCUUCACCCAGUAGCCCUGGUUUUGGUCUGAACCUUCACUCUAACUUUCCCAGUCAGGCGUACCGUUCUUGCAACCGCGGACUUCGGUACCCGGCGUACAAGCCCCAACGCGGCCGCGUGCCGUUGGUCGCAUCGCCCGGGUUCAGUCCCAGGAUACAAUAUGGCGGAACGCACUUUAACUAUCCCCCAAGCCCGCUUUACCAUGUUGCUGACAGACCAACUGACUUCGGGAGUCCAAAAAAACAAACGAAGUUACCCAAUAAACCUUCGAAUCUUUCCAUUGAGCAAGGCGAGGAGUCAAAACACGUACAAAAACGACCUAACUCUACGGAUUUGUCCAACGCAAACAUGCCAGUAAAAAGACAGCGGAUUGAAACGGACCAGAAUUACGAAGGACGUGGUGUUGCACUGAAUGUAGUUGACCUGCUAGAGCUCGAACGUGAAGAGCAAAAGUACAUCCAGGAAUUAUCUAUAGUUCAGUCACGAGUCACGUCAACACAGUUUAAGAUACAAAGAUUGCAGCAAGAGUUGGAGCAAUUACAAACGACCGAAGCAGACCUUAAACGAAGAAUCGAUGUUGUUCGAGCGAAGAGGGUUAGGAUCCUGACUGACGCUCAGGAAAAACACGGAUUUCAAAGGGAAGAGAAAUCUUCGCCAAGUAAAAUCGCCGGCAAGGAAAGCAAGAAUGUUUUAAUGAAACAAGACGAGGAAGAAUUGAAGCCACGCAACGAGUCGAGAUAUGAUGGUGGCAAAAAUAUGACGGGAAGAAAAGAAAGUGACAAAUUUGAUUCAAUGGAUGAUAAAGGUGGAUUUCAUCAUCACCAUAUGGAGACUGAUGACGCUAUGAAGAAAAGUGAUUGUGAUGAUGGUGAUGGGAAAUUACGGGAUACGUGGGGAUCUAAAAGUCACCUCGGUGGGACCGUAAAGGAUAUCGAUAAUUCAAGCAAAGGUUAUCACAAAAUGAAUCAUAAUGAAACUCGUGCUGUAUCCCCGAAUGUAGUAUUACACAAUGCUCCUAUUUUCAGUGAUCCACGAAGUUCCACGGAUUUCCCCAGUGUUCCCCACUGGCAAGAGGAAACGUUCGAAGGCAGCAACGGAUCGUUGAUAACACUAAGAAGCGAUGGAACCGUGAUUCUAGGCAAACGUCAAACCCAUCAUGCUUCCCUUCACAAGAAGCACACCCAUUCUGCUGUAUUAAAAGACAUAAAGGUGACGUCAUUGGAUGUGAGAAGUACUUCCGGUGACGUCACCGAAGGAAAAGUGCCGUACUUUUCGGGAUGCGUAGAAAUCACAAGCACGACCGAAGAGCCGGUUUUGAGAGAAAGCGAACCACCAAAAGAGGUGAUUGCUGAAAAAGAAAGGGCAAGCUUGGCUAGUGCAAUCAGAUGUGAUCAAGACAGUAUCUCCAGUACGGUUCACAAUUUCGAUAGGGACCAAGCUCAAAAUGAAAAUGCUGUUGCACUGGAAGAAAUGGAUUAUGUCGGGCACACGGACGCAGUUGGUUGCAUUGUGCCCUUCAAAGGAAAGCUAUACAGCGCCUCAGUCGAUAACACUGUCCGUGUGUUUGAUCUCAAGACAGGCGAAUGUUUGCGGACUUAUGAAGACCACCGACUAGCCGUGAAUUGUCUUCAGGUACAGUCAUUAAGCAAAAGAGGAAAUUACAUAAACAUACCCUUAUAUUUCCUAUGUUAUGAUUGCUGUCAUUUACCAAUACCGUUAACUCGACAUCCAUUCAGCUCAUUCCUGAAAUAUCUGCAAAGAGAAGUUAAGAUGGUUUGAACAAAACGAUCAUUU